UCCCUGCUAGCUGAGAGGCAGAAGAGAUACAGCUGCAUUGUUUUUAACAGAUUUACCACCAGUAGAGAAAUAUUGUGGAUUUAGAAUGUCCGAUGAAAACUAUAUUACAAUUUAGUCAUUUAAGUGCAGUUGCACUUGAACUGGCAGCCUGCUGGAACAAUAAAUCCUCCAACUCUGUUGUAUAGGAAAUGCUGAGAAGGAGGCUUGUUUUUCUGGUUUUGCUGUAAUUGUUCAUCCAAACAAGAUCAGAGUAAUUCCUGGUCAGUCAUAUAGUUGGCUUGUUUUGGCAGUUAACUCUCAUUACACUGGGUCAUGACUCUUAAAUGGGACGGAUAUUACAGCUUACAGGUAGUAUGAAAACCAGUACAUUUGUACAAAAUUAUUAAUGUGCCUGAAAAAAAUCCUAAGUCAUAAUUAUGACAUAAAAAGUCAAAAUUAUGAGUUAAAAAUUCAUAAUUAUGAGAUACAACAUCAAAAUUUGAUAUGAACAGAUGAUAAAGUUAAUGCCAAAGUUUGUCAAAAAGGUGUGACCUCUUACUCUGAUUAUUCCCCUUUACCUCCAAUCCAGGGAGUCAAAGUACAGCAUCAGAGGAGGCAGGGCUUAGAGCUGUGUUACUGCAAGUCACUGAUCUGUGCUUAAAGCUAGUCAUUGUGUUUGCCUCUUCACUUCAGCCUAGUCCUUUCCACGAUGUUUGCUUCCAUUGUUUUACUAUGGAUCUGCGUGAUCUUCAUCAUCUUUCAGCUGAAGUCUCGGAGACCCAAGAACUUUCCACCCGGACCCCCUACUCUUCCUAUAGUGGGAAACCUUUUGCACAUGAGCCUAGAAAACCCCCUGAAGGACUUUGAGAGGUUUAGGAAGUCAUAUGGAGAUGUCUACAGUCUGUACUUGGGCCCCAAACCGUCUGUUGUUCUCAGUGGGAUGGAGGCCAUGAGGGCGGCCCUGGUGACCAAGGCCAUUGAUUUUGCUGGACGACCCCAAGACCUGUUAGUCAAUGAUGUCACCAAGAAUCAAGGAGUGAUUCUGGCAGAUUACAGCUCCGGCUGGAAGGAGCAUCGUCGCUUUGCUCUGAUGACUCUGAGAAACUUUGGCAUGGGGAAGAAUUCAAUGGAAGACAGAAUUCAUGGAGAGAUACAGUACAUCAUAAAGACGCUGGAUAAGAGCGUUGGCAAAUCUUUCAGUCCUCAAGUCAUGUUUCAUAAUGCAGCUUCCAACAUCAUCUGCCAGGUUCUGUUUGGUACACGCUUCAAGUAUCACGAUGAUUUCAUCAAAACGAUUAUUAGGUGCUUCACUGAGAAUGCCAAGAUAGCUAAUGGACCGUGGUCUAUGCUGUAUGACUCCAUUCCCAUGAUUCGUAGCCUGCCGCUGCCCUUCAACAAGGCCUUCAAGAAUGCUGAGACUUGUGAGAAUCUUGUGAAAGAAAUGUUGGCAGAGCACAAGAGGACCAGAGUCCCAGAGGAUCCACGAGACUUUGUUGACUGCUACCUGGAUGAACUUGAUAAGAGAGUCGAGGAUGGUUCUUCAUUUUCAGAGGAUCGGUUGGUUAUGUAUGCUCUGGAUAUUUACUUUGCCGGGACUGACACAACCUCCAACACUCUACUCACUGGUUUCCUCUACCUUUCAACGCACCCACACAUACAAGAGCGCUGUCAGCAGGAGAUAGACUCUGUGUUGGAAGGAAAGGAUCGGGCCACUUUUGACGACAGACACAACAUGCCAUUCAUGCAGGCUGUGAUCCAUGAAGUGCAGAGAGUAGCCAACACUGUCCCUCUGAGCGUCUUCCACUGUACAACAAAAGACACAGAGGUCAUGGGAUAUUCAAUUCCUAAGGGAACACUGAUCAUCCCUAAUCUGGGCUCAGUGCUGAAUCAGGAGGGACAAUGGAAACACCCUCAUGGAUUCCACCCUGAAAACUUCCUCAAUGACAAGGGAGAGUUUGUCAAACCAGAGGCCUUCAUGCCUUUUUCUGCAGGUUCUCGGAUAUGUGUUGGGGAGAGUCUGGCCCGUAUGGAGCUUUUCCUCAUCAUGGUGACGCUGCUGAGGAAGUUUAAGUUCAGCUGGCCUGAGGAUGCAGGAGAGCCAGACUACAAUCCGGUCUAUGGAGUCACUCUGACUCCCCAACCCUACAGCAUGAAAGUCCAGCUCAGAGCAGCGCAGUAAGGCUGUCUGCAGAAACAGUGGAGAAUGAGCCUGAAAUAACAGACAGCUACUAAAGGGGCAGUUCAGACUGUUAGUGUUUGGAGAAGCUGGAUGAAGAGAUGAAGCUGAAUCUAAGUUAUGUACUGCAUAUAUAACUGUCAACACUGUCAGUAUCCCAGCCAAAAAAACUGUAUGAUAAAUGAUCCAUAGAAACAAAUCCAUACUUUUUGUAUUUAUGUCUGAAGAUACCAGAUUUGCCAGAUUGUCUAUGAAAACAACAGACAUUACUUGUGCAUUCAAAUAAAACUAUAUCAUAUGUAUACUUAAAUCAUGUAUUCAGUGUUCCUGAAUAUGUAUUGAAAUUUGGGGUUUUUUUUUUUUUUUUUUUUUGGUGGGAUUAAUAUGACAAACUUCUAUAUUUUUGGUCUGGUGUAACUUUCUUGUAAUUGUGUGUUAUCUGAAAAAUUAUGUUAAACUUCUCAAUAAAACCUAAAAACAUCUUA